AGCUAUAGUUCUAAACACAUAAACAGAACAUCGAAUUAAUUGCUUGCACUGAAGUUUCGCGCCAUGUCGGUUGAUUUGGAGCCGGGCGUCAUCCGGAAGCUGGACGAGGUGGUGGUAAACCGCAUAGCCGCCGGCGAGAUCAUCCAGCGACCCGCCAACGCCUUAAAAGAGCUUCUCGAGAACAGUUUGGACGCCCAAUCGAGUCACAUUCAAGUGCAGGUCAAGGCCGGCGGCUUGAAGCUACUCCAGAUCCAGGACAAUGGCACAGGAAUACGGCGCGAGGAUCUGGCCAUCGUUUGCGAGCGCUUCACCACCUCCAAGCUGGCUCGCUUCGAGGACUUGGCCCAGAUAGCCACGUUUGGCUUCAGGGGAGAGGCCUUGGCCAGCAUCAGUCACGUAGCACAUUUAAGCAUCCAGACCAAGACGGCGAAGGAGAAGUGCGGCUACAAGGCAACCUACGCGGACGGCAAGCUGCAGGGACACCCGAAGCCCUGUGCCGGAAACCAGGGCACCAUCAUCUGCAUCGAGGAUCUGUUCUACAACAUGCCUCAAAGGAGACAGGCGCUCCGCUCGCCGGCCGAGGAGUUUCAGCGGCUGUCCGAUGUUCUGGCCCGGUAUGCUGUCCACAAUCCCCGUGUGGGAUUCACGCUCCGCAAGCAGGGUGAGGCACAACCAGCUCUGAGGACUCCGGUGUCCAGUUCGCGGUCCGAAAACAUACGUAUUAUCUACGGAUCAGCCAUUUCCAAGGAGCUUCUGGAGUUCAGCCACCGGGAUGAGGUUUUUAAGUUCGAGGCCAACUGCCUGAUCACCCAGGUCAACUAUUCGGCAAAAAAGAGCCAUAUGCUGCUAUUCAUCAACCAGCGGCUAGUUGAGUCACCAGCUCUCAAGACCGCCGUGGACUCUGUGUAUGCCACCUACCUGCCACGUGGUCACCAUCCCUUCAUCUACAUGAGCCUCACACUCCCGCCUCAGAAUCUGGAUGUGAACGUCCACCCCACCAAGCACGAGGUGCACUUCCUCUACCAGGAUGAGAUUGUAGAGCGGCUCAAACAGCAGGUGGAAGCCCGUCUCCUGGGCAGCAAUUCCACCAGGACAUUUUACAAACAGCUGCGGCUGCCAGGAGCUCCAAAUCUGGAUGAAACCCAGUCGGGGGAUAAAACCCAGCGCAUCUAUCCAAAGGAAAUGGUGCGCACCGAUGCCAACGAGCAGAAGUUGGAUAAGUUCCUGGCCCCUUUGACGAAGACUGACUCUGGUGUGUCCUCCAGUUCCUCUCAGGAGGCUCUUCCCUUGCCAGAGGAAAGUUUUCGGGUCACUGCGGCAAAGAAAUCCCGAGAAGUGCGUCUCAGCAGCGUGUUGGACAUGAGACAGCGGGUAGAGAGGCAGUGCAGCGUCCAGUUGAGAAGCACUUUAAAAAACCUGGUAUUUGUGGGAUGUGUAGACGAACGGCGAGCAUUAUUCCAACAUGAAACCCACCUUUAUCUCUGUAACACCCGGUCUUUUAGUGAGGAACUCUUCUACCAGCGGCUGAUCUACCAGUUCCAGAACUGUUCAGAGAUCACAAUGAAUCCUCCGCUCCCUGUCAAGGAACUCCUGAUGCUUUCGCUGGAUAGCGAGGCCGCCGGCUGGACGUCCGAGGAUGGGGAUAAAACUGAUCUGUCGGUCAGUGCUGCGGAGAUCCUUCUGAAAAAGGCGCCUAUAAUGCGUGAAUAUUUCGGGCUGCGCAUCUCAGAGGAGGGGCAGCUCGAAUCCCUGCCCAGUUUGAUUCCUCAGCAUCGACCUAACGUCGCUCACCUUCCAGUUUAUAUGCUCCGCUUGGCCACCGAAGUGGAUUGGGAACAAGAGGCUCGUUGUUUCGAGACUUUCUGCAGGGAAACUGCUCGCUUUUACUCGCAAAUCGUUUGGGGGGAAGGUUCGGCUGCGGGACAUCCCAGGUGGACCAUUGAGCAUGUUCUAUUUCCGGCGUUUAAAAAGUAUUUACUACCACCACCACGUCUCAAGGAUCAAAUCUACGAGCUAACCAAUUUGCCCACACUAUACAAGGUCUUUGAAAGAUGUUAGACGGUUUUUUUAAACAAUGCUUUAAUCGAUUUUUUAAGAAUAAAUGUAACGUAUGCUUUA